UGCAAGGAAUCAAACAUCCCGAAAAUAGAAAAUCUUGUCAAAAAGAGAAGAAAAAGAAAAGAUCAGAUCAGAUCUAAGACUGAAGUAACCCGUAGUCAAAAAAGAGAAAGAGCUGAAAUCAGAGUUUCAACAGCAAACAGCAAAUUGUAAGAAUUGGCCGCCCUAUGGCCUCAUCUGCUUAUCCAUUUUUUAGGUCACACGGAAACAUUCUCCUCCCCUUCUCUUAAACUCACAGACCCCACAUUUUCUUCUUUUAUUUCUCUUUAAUCAUCCACUUUUUCCAACUUUUCUUUCGGUUGCUCUUUGAUUCCUUCCGCCCCCCCCUAACAUCAAAAACCAAAAAUCUUAGCAUUAAAAACAACCAACAAAAACUCCAACCCCCGUUAUAAACGACAACCCCAAAACCAAAACUAUCAAGAAAGAAAUUAAAAUAAAACCCGACAAAAAAGUCUUCACUUUCACAUCACUUACACCGCUUUCCCUUCUCCAUAAAUAACACUCUUUCCCAACAUGCAAAUGUUUCUUCCUCUCCAAAAAUCCCUUUCUUUUUAAUCCCUUUCCUUUCUCUCUUUAGAUCACACCCAAGAAAACAGUUAAACCAAAAUAAAAUACAUUUUUUAAAGAAAAAAAAUCAUGGUGAAGGCUCAAAGGCCUCCAUCUGGCCGUACAAAUCUAGCUUCAUGUGUUGUAGCAACAAUUUUCUUGAUCUUCCUUGUAAUAAUUGUCCUCAUUGUUUACUUCACCGUUUUUAAACCGAAAGACCCCAAGAUCUCCGUCAGCGCCAUCCAGCUUCCGUCUUUCACCGUUGGUAACAACUCCGUCAGCUUCACUUUCUCCCAAUACGUCACCGUUAAAAACCCAAACCGAGCCGUUUUUUCUCACUACGACAGCACUAUACAGCUUCUUUACUCGGGUUCUCAAGUCGGAUUCAUGUUCAUACCAGCAGGAAAGAUCGAGGCGGGUCGGACUCAGUACAUGGCUGCCACUUUCGCCGUCCAGUCUUUUCCCUUGGCAGCACCGAAUGAGGCGUCGGUGGCAACGAUACCUACUACUUCGACGACUACUACAACGACGGGGCCCAUUGGGCUGAUUGAUGGGUUUGGCGGGAGAAAUAAUGGAUAUCGAGUUGCGCCCACGAUGGAGAUUGAGUCUCGUAUGGAAAUGGCGGGUCGUGUUCGAGUUCUGCAUUUUUUCACCCAUCAUGUGGAUGCUAAAUCUUGGUGUAGAGUCACUAUUGCAGUGAGUGAUGGGUCUGUUUUGGGGUUUCAUUGCUAAUUUUAUUUCCUUUUUUCUACGUUUAGUUCAUGUAAUGUAAACUUUUACUAACUUUUUUCUCAAUAAUUUUCAGUUUUGGACGAUUUUGUGAUUUGGGUUUUAAAUUUUGUGUACCCAAUUUGUUGAAAACGCUGUAAAAAUAGAUUUAAUUUUUUCGUUGUUGCAAGUAAGCUCUUUUUGUAGAAAGAAUCAAAGUUUUGAGCUUUCAUGCUUGCUUUCGUUUCUGUUAAGUGAUUAAUUGAAGGGUAAGUAAAGACGAUGCUUGUCGAGUGUUGGUUUAGGUGUAAUCAUGAGACUAAGACUGAAAUCAUUUUUGGGGGUUUGGUCCAACAAUGAAGCAAAGGUCAGUGAAUAAUGAGCUGGAAAGCCGCGUAAAAUGUGGCCUGUUUUUUGUUCCCCUUUUUUAUUUUUUUAAUUAUUUGCAAGGAAGGCUCCAGUCGAGGAAGUUAACGAUGUCGUUUUAAAUAUUAGUAGCAAUUCAGUUGCGGUCUUGCAGAUCAGAGCAGAGCUUGGGAUCAUCACCCGGCGAAUUUAAUUGCCCCGGAUUUUCGUGGACGUGCGCGGCCCAUGCUCAAUGGUUAAUCCUCAAUGGGAUUAUAAUUUUGGAUGUGAAAACUGAAAAAUGGAGAGGUAAGAAUUAAAAGGUUCCAUCGGAUGAGAGUGAGAAAAUUGGUGGGAGUUGUUAAGGUUAGUGGGACCAAGUACAGCGGACCCUGAAAACAUCAUUCACUGUUAGCUAACCUCGAAAGUCGAGUCUUUGCUUUUUUGACUUUUCAUUUUGUUUAAUAAUAAUAAAGUAAUAGAAG